UACAAGGCACCUUUCACACGCUCACGUUUAGAAUCUCCAGCGUGCAACAUGGAUAACAGAUGUCAUUGUUCUGCCAGCAGCGACAGGCUGUCAAAUCCAAUCCUCUACAACAUCCUCAGCCAAGUGGACAAUGAGAACAGCAGCUUCGGCUCCACUUCCCUUCCUCACAGGUGUAACUGUGAGACGAGAUGGACGGUCUGCUUGCUGAGGCUGUCUGAGGCGUGCAAAGACGCUUCAGCAGUUCUGGUGAAAACCGCCAGCUUCAUGAAGAAUCUACCUGCUUUUAACCAGCUUCCUCCAAAUGACCAGUUCUCACUUCUCAAAGCCUGCUGGGCUCCGCUCUUCAUUUUGGGUCUGGCGCAAGAACACGUGGACUUUGAGGUGACGGAGAGCCCGGCUGACAGUAUGCUGAAGAAGAUCCUCCUGAACGGCCAGCAGAGCCCCGAGACGAAGAGAGAGCAGCCCACCAUGGCCGGUGUCAGCAAACUGAAAUCCUGCCUCAAAAAGUUUUGGACAUUGGAUUUAAGUCCCAAGGAGUACGCGUACCUCAAAGGGACCACGAUAUUUAAUCCAGAUGUUCCAGACUUAAAUGCAGCUAUGUUUGUUCAAGGGCUGCAACAAGAAGCUCAGCACGCCCUCAGUGAGGUGGUGCAGCUCCUUCACCCAGGUGACCCGGAGCGGUUUGCCCGCAUCCUCCUCACGGCCUCCACGCUGCAGACCAUCACGCCCAGCCUCAUCACAGAACUCUUCUUCCGGCCCGUGAUCGGCCAGACGGAUCUGCUCGAGCUGCUCGUCGAUAUGCUCUUCUGCAGCGAGGCUUCUUGAAACUGCCGAGUCCUCAGGAAAAGAAGGAAGAAAAAUUACGCAAAAACAUAAAGCUGUAAAUGACUGAAGCUGUGGCUACUUUAAAGACUGCAAACAUAAUAUCUGCUAAGUGGAGAGUUUUCCACAUCUUAAAAAAAA